AUGGCGCCGCCGAAAAGGAAGGCGGAGGACGAUCCGCCCCCCGCGCCGUCGCCGUCGCGUCGGAGCAAGCGGACGAAAAACGCCGAGGAUCCGCCUCCGUCGUCGUCGAAGGACGACGACGAUGUCGCCGCGCCGGCGCCUCCUCCCGCGGACGCGCCGGCGCCCGCCAAGGCGAAGCUCCCCGCGCUCGACGCGCUCGCGAAAGCGAAGGCGGUCCUGCAGAAGCAGAAAGAGCUCGCGGAGAAGCUGAAGAAGGUCCCGAAGCUGACGCCGGCCGCGCCGGCGCCCGCGAUCGUCGCGAUGGAGGGCGCGGCGGGCCGAACGAUCCCUCCUCCUCCUCCUCCGCCGCCGCCUUCUUCUUCUUCCGUCGUCGCGCCCGCGAAGUUUACGGGCCCCGGCGCGCUGCGUCUCAACGAGAAGGGCGAGGAGGUGGACGAGCACGGGAGAGUGAUCGUGAAGAACAUCGUGGAGGUGAGCACGUUCAAGGUGAACGCGAAGCGAACGAAGCUCGAGGAGUUCGCAGCCUCGGAGAAGGAAACCGAGGCGGAAGCCGCGGGGGGCGGGGACGACGACUGGAUGGACCCCAGGAUGGGAAAGGCGGGGAAACAGCGAGGACGUCGCGGCGGGUUUCAGUUCGUGAAAGAAGGACGGUUCCAAGCUCAGGCGGACAUGAUGCGUUUGCAAGCCAAGUUCGGCGAGACCGAAGCGCGGAAGAUCGCCGCGCGCGAAGCCCGCGAGCGCCGCGCCGCCGCGGAGCUCGAGAAGCUCGAGAAGGACGCGGACCCGAACUUGAUCCCGCUCGGCGCGCGCGCGGGGAUCAAGGGCGGCCGCGCCGGGGAAUCCGCCGCGAGAGCCGCCGCGGAGGCGGCGCUGGCGCUGGACGCGAUCCCGGACGUCGAGUGGUGGGACGCCGCGAUACUCGCGACCGGCAGCUACGACGACGUCGCGGGAGGGAAGUGGAACGUCAAGCCGGAGAAGAUCUCGCUGUACGUCGAGCACCCGGUGCCGAUGCAGCCGCCGACGGAGGCGCCGCCGCCGCCGCCGCAGCCGCUGAAGCUGACGAAGCGCGAGCAGAAGAAGCUCCGGACGCAGCGGCGCAUGGCGCGCGAGCAGGAGAAGCAGGAGAUGAUCAAGCAGGGGCUGCUCGAGCCGCCCAAGCCGAAGGUGAAGAUUUCGAACCUGAUGCGCGUGCUCACGGACGAGGCGACCGCGGACCCGACCGCGGUGGAGCGCGAGGUUCGCGAGCAGAUGGCGGAGAGGCAGAGCGCGCACGACGACCGGAACGAAGCUCGGAAGCUGACGCCGGCGGAGCGCAGAGAGAAGAAGAUGCGCAAGCUGUUCGACGACCCGGGGAGCAGCGCGGAGACGCAGGUGCACGUGUAUCGCGUGGAGAGCAUGGCGAACCCGAAGAACAAGUUCCGCGUGGACAUCAACGCGCAGGAGAACAAGCUGACGGGCGUCUGCUUGAUCACGGACUCGUUCAGCAUCGUCAUCGUCGAGGGCGGGUUGAAGUCCGUUCGAAGAUACGAGAAGCUCAUGAUGCGCCGCAUCGACUGGAACGUCAAGCUCGACUCCGCGGACGCGGCCGCGUCCGAGGACGAGGACGAGGACGAGGACGCGCAGCAGAGGAACAAGUGCACGUGCGUGUGGAAAGGGACGUCGCCGCGUCCAAACUUCACGCGGUUCAAGUUUGAGACGCUCCGCACGGAGGCGGCGGCGCGUAAGUACCUCGCGGACAUCAACCUCGCGCAUCACUUCGACGCCGCGGCCGCGUGCGUCGCGGUGAACGACGACGGCAUCGAUAGCGACUAG